AGUGAUGACGAGAUAAGGGAACACUGAGGUCAUCAUGUCUGUUGUCUCUCACAGACUUAUUGGUUGAGUCUUGUUCUUCGUCAGUUUCUAUUUCUGAUUGUAACAUUUCUGAUGAUUUCUGUGUUUUAUGCAUUUGAGUUUUCUUUCUUUAUUGUAUGUUGUUUAUUCUGAAUAUACUCGAGGUUGUCUCAAUGACGGCGUGGUUUGUAAAGACUGGUUCUACUCCAUUCUGGUCCUGAUGACUAGGCUAUAUUUAAAAAAAAUACUUCUCCAUUUAGUUUCUUGAUGGCAAGGCGGCUCAGUCUUUCAUGAGCCUUUUCUUCUUCUGUUAGCUUACAGUAUUUAUACAAUCAUAUCUUUACAGUCUAUGGGUAAUUUAGGUUUGCAAUAAGAUCUGUCAUGUUCUUACCAUCGGUGGUUGCUGUAUCAAAGUGAAGCCAUUUUAAAUACUGAUAAAGUUAAUGGGGGGCAGAUAAUCACACUCAAACUGUGGAGCUAAUAUAAGAAAGGGAAGUAUAAUUCACUGAAACUCAGCAGGAACUUUGUCUGCUGCCAUGUGUGGCGUUGUCCUCUCUGCUCUGAAUACUAUUAUUAAGAUAGCAGAAGUCACAUAGAAUUGAAUUAAAGUCUUUUUGUGAAGCAUCUGUAUAAAAAUACAGGUAUUAUAGGUAUGCAUAACCCAAUUUAGACAUCGAACAAGCUUUUUGGGAACUUUAUUAGACCUUUCAAGUAGGCUAUUAAACUAUAGAAGUUGAAUUAUUACCUAAUACUGAGUAUGCAGUGUAUUUUCAUUUGGAUAUAGCUGUGGAAAUAUUCCUAUAUUAAUAAAUAACAUUUAUAUCUUAGAGUAUGUUGUAAAAAAUAAAAUAAUGUUUUGUACAAAUAAUGUCUUUUCGAGAUGUUGUUUUCUACAUUGGGCAGAUAGAAUCCAUUUCCUGUAACCUUUCACAAUCAGCCAAUCAGCCCUCCCCCUGUCCAAGUGGCGUUAAUAACCAGACACAGAGAGGCAGCUACGGAGCAGAUGAAGAUGAAUCCAUGGACCCUCUCUGUGCUCCUGCUGCUAGCUGGGCCGCUGGGGGCGGACCCUGACUGGCACGUGGAGUACCCUGACUCCUUCUGCGUGGUGGAGGGCUCCACCGCCACCAUCCCCUGCAGCUUCACCCACCCCACGGUGCACAAAAGGACCGGCGCGGUGGUGGAGCGGGUUGAGCGGGUGGUCUGGUGCCCCGAUCACCCGAUCUGCCACCUCACCACGCCCAACGUGUACGACAGCAGCACCGUCCGGGCCAACAGCAGGUUCCUGUACCUGGGGGACCUCGUCAGGAACUGCACCUUAAAGAUCAUCAAGACGGAGAAACAGGACGCUGCAACGUACCGCUUCCGCUUCGAGACCAACGGCGGAGGCUUCGCUGGAAAGAAAGGAGUCAGAGUCAACGUCACUAAUGGAGAGGAUGUGAAGGUCAGAAGCUCCGUCACUGACCAUGUGGUGAAAGAGGGCGGUCAGGUCACACUCACCUGUACCUCAGCCUGCUCCUUCCACCAAUUGGACGUCCACUGGUACAGAAAUGGCCACGCCCUAUCAGAGAAAGGCCACGCCCUCCACCUCAGCUCUCUGACCAAUAACAACACAGGGGAUUACACCUGCUCUCUGGACUCCAGUGGGCUGAAAACCUCUGCGCCUUGGAGUCUGGUCGUGGGGGAAGAUGAAGGCAGGUAUGCCAGGCGCGUGGCAGUGCCGGUGGUGUCGGUGGUGUUGGCUGUGUUCUUUCUUCUGCUGGCUGGGCUGGUCUUCGCUAAAAGGAGACAUGCACAAAAGAAGGCAUCAGAAGUGAUUCAAAAACAGGAGGUGGACUGUAAACAGGAAGCGGUGGGAGCUUCAGAGGAAGUCAGCUAUUCAACCGUCCACUUCAAACGCAAUUCCUCGAGGUCAGCCCCUGGACCGGAACAUGAGAUUGUCUACAGCGAGGUCGUUCACUGAACCAAACUCAAGCAGCGACUCCUCUUCCUCCUCCAGUGAUGACGAGAUAAGGGAACACUGAGGUCAUCAUGUCUGUUGUCUGUCACAGACUUAUUGGUUGAGUCUUGUUCUUUUCAGUUUCUAUUUCUGCUUGUAACAUUUCUGAUGAUUUCAGUGUUUUUAUGCAUUUGAGUUUUCUGUUUAUUGUAUCUUGUUGUUUAUUCUGAAUAUACUCAAGGUUGUCUGAAUAACUGUGAGGUUUGUAAAGACUGGUUCUUCUGCAUUCUGCUCCUGACGACUAGGCUACGUUUAAAAAAAAUACUUCACAACUUAGUUUCUUGAUGGAAUGGUGGCUCAGUCUUUUAUGAGCCUUUUCUUCUUCUGUUAGCUUACAGUAUUUAUGCAAUCAUAUCUUUACAGUCUAUGGGUCAUAUAGGCUUACAAUAAGAUCUGUAAUGUUCUUAUCAUCGGUCGUUCCUGUGUUAAAGUGAAGCCGUUUUAAAUACUGAUAAAGUUAAUGGGGGUCAGAUAAUAAUUGGCGUACCAUUCAUCCCUGAGAUUCAUUACAAACUGUAAGGCUCGGACUCACCACUGCCAGUUGUCCUCUCGGGUAGGAUGGCCUGCUUUGUCCACGUGUAGGCUCAGUCACUACUGCAUAUAUAUUCAUGAGGCAAUACUUGGUGUGCUACCUAGCUAUGCUCCCUUAUCAUGCGGAAAAGUGCUGGUCCACACUUUUUACGUUCAGAGGACUUGGUGUUGCUAUUUGUCCCCAAUAUGUGGACAGAACAGGGUAAAAAGGCUUUUAUAUACUCUGCCCUCACUGUGUGGAAUACGCUGCAGAAAGACCUAGGACUUGUUGAAUUCAUUUUGUUAAAUGCUUUUAAGUUGAAAAUGCACUGCUGCCAUGUGUGUCGAAGUCCUCUCUUCCCUGAAUACUAUUAUUAAGAUAGCAGACGUCAGAUAGAAUUGAACGAAAGUCUUUUUGUGAACCGUCUGUAUAAAAGUACAGGUAUUAUAGGUAUGCAUAACCCAAUUUAGACACAGAAAAAGCUCUUUGGGAAAUGUAUUAGACCUUUGAAGUAGGCUAUUAAACUAUAAAAGUUUAUUUAUUACCUUAUUUUGAGCAUGCAGUGUAUUUUCGAUGGGAUACAGCUGUGAUACAGCAUUGAUAUUUUAGAAUAUGUUGUCAAAAUAAUGUUCUUGAAAAAACACCUCUACAGACAUAAAAUAAAUAAAAUGCCUCAACAAAC